AUGGCGUCGAGCUUCAGCGCCAAGCGCGCGGAGAAUGUCUCCGCGCUGCUUGGCGAGGUGGUGAAGCGCCUGGUCGACGUCGAGCCCCACUCACUGACCGGACCCACUGACCAACCCACCCAGGAGCACGACGAGAACUUCGGCAUCGCCCACAACUACUGCGCGUAUCACACGCGCCACCACACGUUCCCGGACACCGACCCGUACAAGGUCGACGACGCCCUCGACGCCCUGCGCGAGCGCCUGGGCAUCCACGCGCAGCUCGACAAGCAGCUGGCGCUGGACAUGCUGGUCGCGCGGUUCCGGCGCGUGGAGUGGCGCACGGACACCCCGGACGUGCACGCGCGGGUCAUCUCCCUGCUCCUCGAGCUCAGCAGAAACCCGCUGCGGACGAAGUACACGCACAUCGACGCGAUGGCCGCGCUGGGCGAGGACGAUUUGGGCACGAACGACGCAUCGGACCGAGACCAAGCGUCGGACCGAGACCAAGCAUCGGACCGAGACGAACCCGACGACGACGUCGACGACGCGACGUCCGACUCCACGCUCAGCGACUGGACCGACGACGAAGAAGAGGACGGCGACGACGACGCACGCGCGGAGAGGCUGAGGCUCGGCGUGGAGGAGGCGGUCGCCGCGAGGAGGGACGCGCCGCGAGGGGGCGAAUGGGUGCGAGGACGUCGAAGCGGCGCGCCGGCGGAUGGGACGGACGACGACGGGGACGGGGACGACGGGGACGAAAAGUCGGCACCCGGGGACGGGGACGAUGCGGCGACGGACCCCGAGUUCAGGUGGAGCGACCUGCGCGUCGACGACGAACCCGCGUGCGCCGCGCCGGAUCGAGACGAGUGGGAGUGGGACCCGAGGGCGACUCGGGGACGCUCGCGCGGGGGCGCUGGCGACGCGGUGGUCGCCGCCGCCGCACGGCUCCUGCCGGCGCUGGCGUCCGCGCGGGGGCGCGAGGGCGCGACGCUCGUGGGCGCCUGGGACGGAUCCACCGAGUCAAAGGUGGUUGGCGACGCGUUGCACGCGCUGCAGGGCGCGGCGCCCGCGAGAAGGGCGCCGGGCGCGGCGGUGCCGCACCUGUCGCCCGCCGCGCUCGCCGCCGGUUUGGAGCGCGCGGCGGACGCGGCGGCUACGCUGGACCUGGUGGAGCGCGCGGCGAACGCGGUGCUCGCGACGCCCGCGCCCGUGUUGAGGGUUUCGUCGCAGAACAACGCCGGUCGACGCUCCGGCUAUCCGUCGCUCGGGUCCGUCGGCGCGUCCAUCGGCGGUUUCGGUCCCACGAUUCGAGCAUUCGCCGCGGCUCUCGCGCGGCACGUUCGCGAGCUGCGGGAGGAGCUGGCGCCCCUCGUGCAGAGGGCGGCGGGGCUCGCCGCGGGCGGCGCGGGCGAUAAGGCGGGCGCGCCGACGCUGCUGGAGCUGCGCGCGGCGGUCCGUUCCGUCGCGGCGCGAGCGAGGGUUCUGGACUCGCUCGCGGCGGCGGCGUUACGCCCUCGGUUAGCGACGGGAUUCAAUUCGGGUGGGGAGACUUCGAAAAGGCCCGGCGGGUUCGACUGCCCCGCGUCCAACGCGGCUCGGUGUCUCACCGCGCUGCACCGCGCGUGCGCGGCGCACCAGAUGACGUCCAGCUGUGCCGGCGACGGCGACGGCGGCGACGGCUUCGUGACGUCGCUCCGGCUGCUGUGCUCCGCCGCGCAGCCGUACCUCUCGGCGCUGCACCGGUGGCUGGAGCGCGGCGAGGUGGUGGCGGAUCCGGGCGGGGAGUUGUUCGUGUGCGCGGGACCGGAGGAAGGGGUGGCGGCGAUCGGCACGGAGGCGCACUGGGAGGGCGGGUUCGUGCUCCGGCGGAACAACGCGGAUGGUUCGGCGACGUGCCCGGAGUUUCUGGCGCGGCACGUCGACGAGCUGUUGGCGGCGGGCAAGUCGGUCAGGCUCCUUCGAAGCGGCGCGGGGGGGGCGGGCACGGCGCCGAAGAUGGAGUCGCACCUGUGCGUGGAUUUCUGCGACGCCGUCAGGCGCGCGUUGGAGACUUCGCGGGUGCCCGAGGAUGCCGACGCGGGGAAGGAAAACGCAUCCCCGGGGAUGGAAAACUCGGCCGACGCGACGACUCGCGCCGCCGAGGACGACGAGAGCGUGCGACUGCUCAGCAGCGCCACCCUGGAGGCGUGCCCGCCUCCCCGCGUGGACGACGACACCGACGACCACGACCACGCGCCCGGGUUCGUCGUCAGCGCCGGGAUGGGAACGGACGCGGCGGCGGCGGAGGCUGAGUCGCUCGUCGCCGCGGGUUUGGCGGGGUCCACCGCGCGGCUGGCUCCGUUCGUGGGUGAGCGCGCGGAGUGGAGUGGGACCCACUUCGAUGUCCCGCGAUCCAUCGCGGCGGCGGCUGAGCUCGACGCGUGGCUGAGGACGAGCGCGGACGCGAGAUCCCCGGCGACGUGCCCCGCGGGAUCUCUCAUCGCUCGAGCCGCCGUCGCCCCGGCGCGGGCGCGGGCGGCGGCGGUGGGCUCGGCUCUCAUGUCCCGCCUCCGCGAGGACUGGCGCCUCGGCGCGCACCUCGCGGCGUUACGCGCGGUGUUCCUCGGGGGCGCCGGCGAGGCUGCGCACUCGUUCGCGUCGUCCGUGUUUGAACGUCUGGACGAGACGCGGGUGAGCGGCGGGGGCGACCUCGACGCCCCAAGCUCCGAGUCGUGUUCGCUCCUUGGCUUCGCCGACGCGUCCGAGAUUAACGCGGCGCUCGCGGACGCCCUCGCCGCGGACGGCUGCGGCGACCUACCGGAUCCGAGCGACGUCGCCGUCGACGUCAUGCCGCCGCUCAUCGCCGAUCCCGCUCACGCGGGCGCGGUGGGCGCUCGGCGGCGGUCGAUUUGGGGCGAUUCCGGCGUCGGUUCCGAGUCGGCGGGUGAAGGCGCGGCGAGACUCGACGCGCUGUCCCGGCUCCGACUCUCCGUCAAGACCCCGUGGCCGCUCGCGUUGGUCGUCCCGGAGUCGUGCGCCGACCGCUACAACGCGUGCGCGACGUUUUUGCUGCAGCUCCGACGCGCGAGGGCGUCGGUGGAGGAGGCGAGCCGCGCGGGGUGGACCCCCGAGGCGAGGCGCGCGCCCGGUGGCGUUUUAAGCGGUCCGCACGCGCGCGCGCUCCUCGCCGAGCUCCGGCACUUCACCCAGGCGCUUCACGAACACGUCAUCGGGCGCGUCCUGCACCACGCGUGGCUGGAGCUCGAGAGGGACGUGGCGGACGCGAGAUCGCCCGGCGACGCGAGGCGAGCGCACGACAAAUUCCUCGACGUCGUAUGUGCACAGUGCCUCGCGUCGCCGGAUCCCACGUGGACGCUCCUCGCGGGGCAGACGCGCGCGGCGCUGGGAAUCGCGUGCGACUUUGCCGCCGCGCAGAGGAGGGCGGGUGCGAAGGCGAGGGCGUCGGGCGAGGGCUGGGAGGCUUCCCCGGGGCCCGGUUACGGUUCAAUAUACGCUCCGGUGCCUGAGGGGGAGGCGGAGAGGCUGGCGGGGGCGUUCAGGCGCGCGCGGUCGUACGUGCUGCGCGUGAUCGAGAGCAAGCUGCGGGUCGGGACGUACCCGGAGCUGCACGAGCUCCGGUUGAGGCUGGAUUUCAACGGGUACUACGGCACAGACGCCGGCGGCGAGUCUUGA